AUGAGACUUUUACAAGCUGGAGCCUUGUUACUUGCCUCGGUGACUGUUGUCGCCGCACGAGUAGCUGCAUGCGCGCUUCCAUCGGCAUAUCGCUGGAACUCCACUGGUGCUUUAGCCAGUCCGAAGUCAGGAUGGGCCUCCCUGAAAGACUUCUCUCAUGUUGUCUACAACGGACAGCAUCUUGUCUUUGGAUCAUUUCAUGACACUGGAUCAACCUGGGGUUCAAUGAACUUUGGUCUCUUUGGAGACUGGUCUAACAUGGCAUCAGCAAGCCAGAACAAAAUGACACCCGGCACUGUUGCCCCAACUGUCUUCUACUUUGCCCCAAAGAAUAUUUGGGUGCUUGCGUAUCAAUGGGGACCAACUACGUUUUCCUACUUGACUUCAAGCAAUCCCUCAAGCGUGAGUGGGUGGUCUUCGCCACAGCCACUUUUCUCCGGUACCAUAUCCGGGGCCAGCGCUAUCGAUCAGACAGUCAUCGGUGAUGGUAGCAACAUGUACCUAUUUUUUGCAGGAGACAACGGCAAAAUCUACAGGGCUAGCAUGCCAAUUGGAAAUUUUCCAGGAAACUUCGGUUCAUCAUCAGCAGUCAUCCUAAGCGAUUCGACAAACAACCUGUUUGAGGCUGUUCAAGUCUAUUCCGUCCAGGGUCAAAAUCAGUAUUUGAUGAUUGUCGAGGCAAUAGGAGCCAAUGGACGCUAUUUCCGGUCAUUUACGGCUACUAGUCUAGGUGGCACAUGGACUGCACAAACUACAAGCGAAAGUAAACCCUUUGCCGGCAAGGCGAACAGCGGGGCGACUUGGACCAACGACAUCAGCCAUGGUGAUUUAAUUCGUACCAACCCUGAUCAGACAAUGACAAUUGAUCCUUGCAACUUGCAAUUCCUGUAUCAGGGACGAGCAGCCAAUUCCGGUGGUGACUACGGCCUCUUACCUUACCGACCAGGUCUGUUGACUCUGCAGCACUAA